CAAACGUAUUCUCGGAGAUCAGGACUCAACCAACAGCGAGCUUCGUCCUCUGCCGAUCACGCCGCAGUAUUUAUAAAUUUAUUACUCUUCCGGGUUGGUUCCCUCGCCCGAGACUUCGAGAUGUCUGACUCCGACAUGGACAUUGACGAUGAUGAGGUCGAACAAAAGGUGCAAGUACAUACAAUUGGAGGAGAACCUCAAUUGCUGCAUAAACCAAUUCAAGCUCCCAAUCCCCAGAACGGAAACUCUUUUGUUCAUUCAAACUUCGAACAAGCAAAAAUACCUUCGGAUGAGCAAGCAAAAUUCAUAAAGGAACAAGCUUUUGCUCAAAAUAAUGGAACUUUAUCAAGAUUUCCUGUUCCUGGUAUGACGCCAAAAAGCUUUUUCCCUGCUGGUGAAAGGAAUGAACCAGAACAAAAACGUGUAGCUCUUCCCUGCAAGUUUUUUGCUAAAGGGGGGUGUUUCAAUGGGGUGUCCUGCAGGUUUCUACAUGUGAAAGAAAAUUCAAAUUUCACUAGUCAACAGCAGGCGGGAAAUAAUAUGGCUGGAAGCAGUUAUAUCCAGUCUGAUUUAGAAAGAAGAAUAUCGGACAGCAAAGAAGGUGUAAGAGUUUCCCAGUUGAGUGGAAACGGCUUGACACCUUUUCAUACCAGAGAGCAUAUAUCUUUCGUGAAUCCCCCAGGACCUCAGAGAGUUGUCUCCUCCAUGUCUUUCGUGAAUCCCCCAGGUUCUCAGAGAGUUUUCCCGUUCAAUAACGAGAUGCGCUUUAUGCCUUCUUCGGAAAACAUAGGAAGAGAGAGUUUGAAGCAAAUGGGUGGUGCUGAUUUCAAGGACAACAGGUCUCUAGUCAUUAAUAGCAGUAAUCCCUUCACAUUGAGAAGCAGCUUUGUUCAUGAUAAUAGAUCUUCUAUCAGUUCAUAUUUAAAAACAGACAUGGUAUCUUCUGGACCAGCCUGGACAGGAUCAUUGCCCAGUUCUGUAACUUCGGUUCUUAUGAAUGAGGGUGUUUCAAACGUGGGGCAUUUUGAAAAGGGGAGUAAUAUAUGUGGAUCUGGAUCACUUCCUACGCUGCAAGAGAUAGCAGUUUCUUCUGAGAAAGGUUCAGAAGGCAACACAACUAGCAGUAGAAAGAAAGUUUCUUCAGAUGAUUGGGAACCUUCUGAACCUUUUAAAGCAUCUUUUACAAUUCCACCAUAUAUACUCCCCUCGUUUGAUGCCCUCUAUGAUCCUUUCACGGAUAUAGAGAAUCUAGAAGACAGAUCUCUUAAUGCUUCAUUUUCAAGUAAAGGAGACCAUGCACAGAAAAAUUCUCUCCAGCAGAGAGAUGGUGAUUCUGGUACUGGUCCACAAGAACGGGAAUGCAAGAAUGAUGAUAAAAGUAGUUCAUGCAGUCAAAAUCAACGCCAAGAAAGUGUGGCAAGAAGGAGUUUGGAAGCACAUGGAGUAGUGGAAGGGGUGGCUACUUCAGUGGUUGAUCAAAAUGAUACAACAACACCUAGUAAAGAGAUUUCUUCGGCAGCAGCUGCAGAGAAUAGAGUUGCUUUGAAAAGGAGCAAACCUGCAGGGCAUGAUUCUUGGCAUAGGAGUGAUGGGUCUUCAUAUAAAAAGACGUUGAAAGCAGAUGAGAUAGAUGGUGAAGUGAGGUCAGAUGCAGAGAUAAAAGUAAUGAGACAAUUCCGAACUGCAGUUGUGGAAACCGUAAAAGAAAUGUUGAAACCGUUGUGGCGUGAAGGUCGUCUUACCAAAGAGGUGCAUAACAUGAUAGUUAAAAAAGCUGCGGAAAAGGUAGUCAGCGGUGCUGUCGAGUGUCAUCAGGUGCCAACUGACACCGAAUCAGUUGAGCAGUAUCUUGGUUUCAAUGCAACCAAAAUGGUGAAGCUUGUCGAGGGGUACGUCCAAAAGUAUGGUAAACCCUGAGUUAUAAAACGAAAAUGCCACUUGGUGGCAAUGAGCUCGAAUGGACGAGAUUCUUGUAAAUUAUGUCAUCCUUUCUUUUCCUCAGUUAGGAUUUUAGUUAGUAGCACCUAAAUUCUUUUGGAUCUCCGUUCCUAUCUUUAACCAAUAAUGGAAUAAGGUUGGAAGUGGAGCAUGGUGGAGGAAAUGUGUAUCAUACACAGUGUAUGUAUACAAUGUAAAACUCUUCAAAUCUUAAUUUAGGCCUAAACCAGUUUUUUCACCCUUACAAAGAUGGAUGGUUGAUUGUAACAGAAUAAGUAAUGCCAUGAUAUAUAGUAUAUAUACUAUAUAGAGGUGGUUGCUUUGGAAGCAGAUAUAGGGGAAAAUAAAGAGAGAAACCAAAAG